CGCAGCGGCCCACUGGAGGUAGGGGAGAUUAGCUGCUGCCAUGGAGGACCCAGCGACGCCCGGAGGGUCUGAAGGGGUCCCUGGAAACCAAGUUCCUUCGGCGACCCAUCCGAGAGGAGCCCUGGUGGAGCUCACCCCGAACCCCGCUGGCCUGGCCCUGGUGAGCCCCUACCUCACCCACCGGGCCGGGGACCCCUUGGACCUCGUGGCGCUCGCAGAGCAAGUACAGAAGGCUGAUGAAUUCGUCCAGGCAAAUGCCACCAACAAGCUAACAGUGAUAGCUGAGCAAAUCCAGCAUUUGCAAGAACAAGCCAGGAAGGUAUUAGAAGAUGCUCGCAGAGAUGCUGACUUGCACCAAAUAGCUUGUAAUAUAAUGAAAAAACCUGGCAACAUUUACUACCUUUAUCAACGGAAGAGUGGUCAGCAGUAUUUUUCUAUUAUUUCUCCAAAGGAAUGGGGAACGAGUUGUCCACAUUCCUUCAUUGGUGCUUACAAGCUACAGCAUGACUUGUCCUGGACUCCCUUUGAGGACAUUGAGAAGCAAGAUGCUAAAAUCAGCAUAGUGGACAAGUUGCUAAGCCAGCCAAUGGCCCUGCCUCCAACACCUGACCUCAACUUCCAGGGACUGCCUCCCUGAAAAUGGACUGUGACAACAGUUCUCAGGGCAAGGACCUGUCA